UGAAGACUCCAGUGCCAGACCGCCCAGUUGGGCGGACUGAAGUCUCCAACGUACUUGAAGAUGAAUCCUCAAGGGAAAAUGCCGAUCCUGAUUCUGCUGGCGUCUGAUGGCCGCGUCAUCAUUCCCGARAGCGAGGUCAUCACCCAGUGCAUUUUGGAUAUGUACGCGGCGUCGGGAUCCGGACCUGCACCUGCGCUGUCGACCGUGGACGAGCGUUUGACUGAGAACCUGUUGAAGCGAUUGCUCGACACUUAUGUGUGUGUGAAUAUGGGGGCGUUCUACAUGACGAUGGAGGCAGACCAGCUGCUGUCCAAGCUAGUGGAGCUGCGYAAGCAGGUCGGCAUUCUCGAUGGGUACGUGAAGGCGGCGCCGUACGCCGCAGGGGAGUUCUCCUCAGCGGAUAUCGCUMUGUUCCCGGCCUUCGUGUUCRUGARGAGAAUCKCGGCUYUWACCKGYGGAUGGGAGGACGUCUUCAAGGGCUGCCCCGACCUGGCGAAGUGGUGGGCGACCAUCACGCAGCACCCUGUCGCUCAGAAACUGCAGAGCGAGAUGGAGUCGGGGAUGUCGGAGAGCACUAUAGAACCGUGGCUGACAGCUUCAGGAGCCUUAAGCGAGUUCAAGAACACCGAGUUUGACUGGAAACUGUGCUAAGUGAGCAUCAGGCUGCGAUAUGAG